AUGGCAUUCACUGGAAAGGAUAUGACGUACGGUUCCCCGUCGAAUAUUGGCAUUGCCUAUUUAGAUAGCGUCUGCAGUGUCUGGGCUGUGUCUGUUGUUGAGGAUCUCCGUAAUAACGUGGUCGGCUGGAUCGCAGCCCACGAACUCGGGCAUAGUUUGAACAGCCAGCACGACGGGGACGUCCCGUCAUCGGCGUGUGACACGGAUGGACUUAACGUCAUGUCCUAUUAUUCGCCGUAUCCAACCGUUAAAAGCACGAGACAGAAACCGUGGAUCUUCUCCGAAUGUUCCGUCAAGGCGUUCCAACUAAAGCUAAGCCAAGUGGGCUGCACGAAGAAUCACCACACUUCCAAAAGCCCAGUCCUACUUGGCCAGGUGUACAACGGAGAUCAACAGUGCCAGCUUGCAUUUGGAACCAACCUCUGUAGGCUAAGCAAGUGUGGUCGCAAGAUAAUUGCCCAUGAAUACACGUCGUGUGGAAACAAAAAGGCAUACGUCUCGAUAUCUGAUGUCCGUCAGUGCACCUGUCACGUGCACGAGAGCCGUCCUACCACCAUGAUGGAUUCCUGCCCACACCAUGACACUGCCACCACCUACACAGUCAACUUGUUGCACGCAGUUUGGAGUUUAACGUUCCCCUCGGCGUCUAUAGACACGUGUGCGUCCACCAGCACGUAA